GCGCAUCACAGUCGUGUCUGCUCUCGAUCGUCUGCUGUAAUAAAACAUGCAGGGAAUCUUUGGAAAUGGACAUUCUUAUUUUGACGCUGCUCCGUGAUCGCUGCUAUUUUUGCCGACGCAGCUAAAUAAAACGACUCCCGGCCGCCGUCGUUUUCUUGGUUCUCAAGUCAACUCAAAUCCAAGACCUAUUAUUCCAAUAAAAGCUCUUAAUUUCAACCGCACUUCGCCAAUAACCAAGUGGAAUGAGUGGAUCCAAUAUGUUGCAAGUUGUGGAGCAGAUUGUACCGUUUAUGGAAAAAGUGGACCAAGCUAUGGCGAAUGUUGCUGAAAUUGAAAAAUCAAGCCGUAAAAGAAAAGCUGCCACUGCUGACCUGCUAGUGAAAAAAAUAUGCCUCCUAAAAAAAGUGAAGAAAGCCCUUCGAGGAAAAGUCUGCACACCGGCGGUGUCUGAAGCAGUAAAAAACCAAGGAAAAGGGUUCUGGGAGGAAGUUUUGCCUCAUCUGACAGAUGAAAAUUUUCAAGAAAUCUUUGUUCUGACCAAAGAAGCUUUUUACGAGUUGGCAGGAGAGAUCAAGCCGUAUUUCUACGCACAUAAAGCCAUUCCUGUCGCUAAAAAGGUUGCCAUAGCAAUUUACGUUCUUCGAGGCAGCUACGAACGUGGUCAAGCCUCGGAUUUGUUUCACAUCAGCCGAAGUGAUGCUGAAUCAAUUUUUGUGGAGUUCUGCAGAGUCGUCAGCAAAUUCCUAUUUCUAAGAUAUUUGCAAUUUCCUGAUCUAAAGGAGCAGCUCAACAUAGCAGAGGACUUUAUGAAACUAAGUCAAUUUCCAAAUACUUUUGGAUCAGUCGGACUCAUCCAUAUUCCAAUAAAAACUCCCUCAGAAAGUGCACACAUAUAUGAGAAUAAAAAGGAUUUUUACUCGAUGAUUGUGCUCGCAGCUGUCGACGCCAAAGGACGCUUCAUCUACUUGAAUAUCCAACGACCAGGCAAAGAAUAUGAUGCUGAGGUGUACUUCUACUCUAACCUGUCAAUACCACUUCUCUACAACCAGGAGAAAACUAACCCAGAGCUCCACGUGGUUGGACGCAGGUCUCUGCCUUUGGAAAUGUGUUUGAUGACACCGUAUUGCAAGACGCACUUUAAGUCGGCCGAAGAGGAUUUUCGAGAAAAGUUCUUCAACAGGAGACUGCACAAUGCUCAGAUAGUCAUUGAUGAUGCAUUUGGACGAUUGCUCGGACGGUUCAGAAUAAUUAUGAGUAAUAAGAAAUAUGGUGUGUCAACCAUGAUCAAAAUCAUCACAACGUCUGUCAUUUUGCAUAACAUUUGUGAGGAAAAGGCGCAGUUGCAUGAGUGUCGUCGGCGAAAAAGCAAAUUGUCUGAGAGGCCUGUGUAUCCUGGUCACCUUCAGGAGAGUAGAUCUGAAAGGCCUACAGCUCUUGAGAAGAGAGAUUUCCUGGCCAAUUUUUUAUUGAAUUAUGAAAAAUGAUCUGUAAUCCAUACUCAAACAAUGAACACUAAAUAAAUAUGCAUCCAAGAGAAACACA